UGUGCCAUGUGACAGUGUUGGUAAAUAAGGAAAGAACGACAGCUGAUUACCUCAUCAAAUUUUGCUAAAUUAACGUUUCGUGUGCAUGCUAUUUUCCGUCUCACUAUUGCAGCAUGUCUGAGAAACUUUCCCCUCAGAACCUGCCCAGGGGACGUGAGAUUCCAAACCGGAGAAUAGCUGAUAUUUCGAACUUGCCGACGGACUACUCGACAACUCCUGGAGGAUCCAUCUUCUCCACGACUCCUGGAGGUUCAAGAAUCUUCUAUGAGCGGAACUUCUUGAUGCAAUGCAGGAGCUCUCCCCUGGCUAAAACUCCGCCGGCAAACAUGGCCAACAUCCCUGGAGUGACAUCACCUGGUGAGGUAGACGUACCAAAAGAAAAUGGUGAACCGUCCAAGAAGCCAUCAAAACCAGAAAAAGCUGGUCCAGAGGAGAACCCACAAUUUGAGAUGGACAUCUAGCUACCCAGAAUGCCUUUCACUGCUUCCAUGGUGACAACAGUCAGUAUCCAUGGCAACACACUGAGAGAUUAAUACGUUUACAGUCCUACAUUAUUCUCAUCUACAAAUAACAGCUUUAUAUUAACUCUAUAGAUGUGACGACUGUGAUCUACAACUUGUUCGAAAAUGUCGCAUUUAGUGUCUAGAAAUUCUUGCAGCUGAUUUGUUCUACAAAUGUUUGAAAAUGUUCAUUUAGAUUUUUUGUGAUGUACACAAGUGUGCAUGUUUUAUUUUGUAUGCAUAUAUAUUCUUUAAAACAAACUUGCAAGUGGUAACAGGUUAAAGCAUCCUUUUUUAUGUACCUGUUUUUAUAGAACAGUCUUUAAGACAGAUAGAAAUAGUAUGAUAACCAUCUUUGAAGGCAGUUAAGAUAUCAGUAUCAUGCAAUUAAUGAGUUGAGUUGAUUGAGACACGAAGGAUUUUUUUGUAUGUUCUAUUUCAUACCUUCAUUGUUCCUGCAGGAAGUUGGAAGUCAGAAGAAAAAAUGUCAGAGAUGAAAAAAUGGUUUUCGUUUAGAUACAUUUAGUUUUUUAUCAUGCUUUAUCCAAAAACUUACAAAUCCAGUUGUAUAAUUUAAACAACAACGCCCUUUGUAUUGUAUAUGACAUUUUGUUUGUUUAUAAUAUCAAAUUUCUUACUUCUUUGUCAAAUAUAGUAUGUGUUUGAAGCAGUCAUAGAUUUGGAAGUUUAUAAUACUCGCACAAUAUUUUACUCGGGAUAAGUUUUCAGAGCUCAAAGUGCUAACAUUAAGAAUAGCUAUUGUGAAUGCCUGGUGGCUGUAACUUUCAACGAUUGGUUUAAACCAUUUCUUUUCCUUAUCUGGUUUGCUAAGUUCAGCCCGGAUGAGGCUGUUAUUCCGUUGAUAUCAAUUUGGAUUUUAUUUUGUCAGAAACUACCCAUUGUCAGUAACUCUGGAAACUCGGUUUAUUGAGUAUGAUGGGACAUUUUGAAAGGAAUAUCUCGUCAUUAUGAAUUACUAAUCAGGCAGUUUCAUUGAUGGGAACGGAGACCUCUUUGGGAAUGUUAUUCAAUGAAAUAAGUUGUUCGCUCUUUUGUAUAUUUAGUAAAAAAAACUGUAAGAGGGUUUUGUCAAUUGAAGUUGAAUAUUUCAUUGUAACAGAUGGGUUUAUUGGAAGGGGAGCUUCCCCUCCAAAUUGGCACUUAUAUUCAUGAAAAGGAGAUUUUGUCAGUCAUUUUUCCCAAUGUACUCUUGUAGCGUAAAGUACUGGAGUUUCAGACAAUGGAAACGAACCUGCUAAAAACCAUUUCACAGAACUAAAAAUCUGCAGUCAUCCACAGUCUUCUAUAUAUUUUUAUGUACCAUUAAUUAGUCCCUUAAGCAACCAUACAGGUUUAUUAAAUGUGCUUGUGGGCGAUCUCAGACCAUUUUCGGCUUCUUAUGAAAAUAUUUUUGUAAACUGAAGCGUUUUCUGAAUAUUCAAAGGUUUGUUCAAGUUAUGAUAACCGGGUAAAAAAAGAUAAAUAUUGGAACUCAGGUAUCAUUGUAAUACACAUGUACUCAUUGGGUUGAUUGUUCAGAACUUUGUCUGAAGCUAACGUCUUGAUUAAUGACAUCGUUGUAAACUUUUAAACAUGAACUUUUUGAUGAUGUACUUGAAGAUUUAAAAAUUAACGAGUUAAGCUAAACAAUUCUGUUUGAAUUACUGCAGAUCACUAGUUUUAGUUGUUUAUCCAUUAAACUGUCAGAGGCUCUCUGAGCAGUAAAGUUUUGAAAGUUAACACUGAUUCAGUUAACAAUGUUGUUAACUUUAACAAAGUUUUUAACAACCGGCCCAUUAUUUUCUAAACCAACUUUAGAGGUCUUUGUACAUCAAUUUUAAUCCACGCUUAUUUAAAUGCCGACUUAACACAGUUUUAUUCGUGCUGAUGUGUGGACAGAUGUGAAUGAGAAAUAAGUGAAUUUUAAAGCGUAUUUUACACCCAUAACAACCCUUCUUUGUAGCUAUGUGAUUAAAUCAAUUAAAAGAUGACUGUACACAAUGUACUAUCAUUUUAUAUGCACAUCUCUGUUCUGCAUUUUUAUUUUGUGUACGAGGAAUUGUUAAGAGAUGAGGUUGCAUGGACUUUCCUGAUAAUCUAGAUGAGUUGCUUUAGGUAUUAAUAAACUUUAUUUUUGUUCUUUUCUUUAAUAUUUGAUAUGAAUUUUUCUUCUUGAAUCAUUUAUACUCUUAUACUGUUACUAAAUUUGGUCAUGUGGGUUAAUUUUUCAUUUAUUUGAAUGAUAUUCCACUUAAUUUAAAAGACAAAUUAAGAAAUUAUUUGCUCAGCUUGUUAAGUAUUAUGAUAAGUGUCCAUAUUUGUUUUGUUUUAACCAAAAUGGCAUAAAGAAAUGUAUUUUUGUACAGACAUCUUGAUACUUUUCUUGUAUACCCUUUUUUGUAUGAUUUUUUACAAGUUUUUAAACAUUUGUAAGCAGAAUUCAAUACUGUGAAGGGACCAGUUUUCUGAAUUCUGAUUUUUGAGCUAAGUUCUGUUUUACAGGUUGGAGUUUAGGCCUUCAGAAUUUUUGACUCUCAAAUGAACUAGUAUAUCUAUAAAUUCAUUUAUGUCAAUAUUAAUUUUCCUUGGCUUUUUAGAAAAUGUUAGAUAUUAUUUGAUACAGUAGUAUUGUGUGGUGGCUCAUGCUUGCAUCAAAAAUUGUAAUUUUUAUUAUUGCAAAAAUACUUUUUAUUGGUAACCCUGUAUGAAUAUGUGUUCUAUUGCCGUCAGCUUGAUUUUAUUAUAAAUACUGAAGCUUCCAACAGCGAGUGAUAUCGAUGCUUGAAAAAAAUAUGUUGUUCCUGAUGCAAAAUGCUGUGGCCUUGAUCGAUUUUGGAGUUUAAGUAUUGCUGUGAGGAAUGUUUUAUAUCCGAAUGUGUCAUAAUGUUUAUUAUGGAAUAACAGGGCUUCCGUUAAGAAUUUGAAACUGGAAGUAUAUUAGAAGUUUUCCUCUGAUUUAAGACAGUUGAUGCAUCUCAAACUCUAAGAAUUGGCACUAUUGUCCAACUUAAUACUUUAAAUAUUAAUUCAGUAAUUUGUAAUUAUAACUUGCAAAUUUCCCAAAAUUGUAUUCAAAGAGUUCAUUUUACUUCCAAAACUUAUUAAAAUGUGGCCAGUUAGUAACUUUGACAUCAGAUUUUGAUAUUCCUAACUACCUAAUCUUUACAUUUGGAAGUUUUCCCCAAAAUAAUGGAAGUUUUUGUACUUCUUAGUAUUCAAUUUUGGAAGUUUUGGCACACUUUUAGGGAGUAAUAUACUUCCAAACUUCCUUUCACGGAAGCCCUGUGGAAAGAAAACCAUUUACUUGUAUAUUGGAGCUCUGUAUAGUACUGUACAACACCGUCACAUUGAUUUCUAACAAUUAUCAACGUGACAAGCUGUUUAAACUAGUGCAAGAAGUGCUUUUGUCAAACUUAUUGGGGCAUUUUAUUAUUUUUUUUCUUAUUUCGCGAUUGGGUACUAGGAUUGUGUCUGUUUUGUUUUUUGUUUUGAAGACCUACUUGUAAGUGUUAAGAAUUUUAAUGAAUUAUAGAUAAUAAAUUGUUUUGAUUUG